AUGUUGGCAGAGAACGAAUCGAUGCCAUUUAUUUUGCUCGAAAAUUUUGUGGUUCAUUUCAAGCGGCCUUGUGUGCUGUAUUUGAAAGUUGGAACAAUUCAACAUGGAGAUGAUGCGAGUGAAUCGAAGAGACAUCGACAAUUGAUGAAAUGUAGGCAGAGCACAUCGGCUAGUUUAUGUGUGAGAAUGGUUGGAAUGCAAUUGUAUGAGACGGAGACUGAGGUAAGAUUAUUCGCAAUUUUUUUAAUAAAAAAAAUGUAGAUCUAAUCUUCAUUACAUAAAAAAGAAAACCAAAAACGGGUGGUUUGGUCGGAUAAAGGGACAGCCAAUUGUUCGUUUUUUUCUUGUCGCGAUGGCUACGGUAACACUAAAGUGGCGUGUGUUUUUUUCUGUUUUUUUUCCUGUUUGUUGCGGUUUUGGAGGUUUCGAGACGUAAGUCAAACUCAACUUUCUAUUUGAUAUAAAAAAAAAACGUUUCUUUUCCAGGCGCCGCACCUUCAGCCACACGAAUUCGCUCAAUAUAAGGGGAAAAGGUGAGUUCUUUUUUUUCAAUAAUGAAAAUUGAUUUUAAAAUGAAAUAAAUUUUUAAGAGAAAAAACCCCAUAUUAUCAAAGUAAAAAAAUUUGGCAAAAAAAGAAAGGGAAGAAAUUCAAAUCCCAAUUUCCCCAAGUACGGUAUUCCUCUGCGUCACUAACACCGUUUCGAGACCACACCAUUGGGCAGAGAAACAAAGUCAAAGACGCACAUAUGGGUCUCGCAGCGAUUGAAAGAAACACCGUACUUGGGAAGAGUGUCAUUUGAAUUUCUGGGCUCCGUUUUUUUGCCAAAUUUUUUUAUUUUAAUAAUAAUAAAAACGUGUACCAUGAUUUUAGUUUUGUAUACUCAGAGAAAAGGUGGUCCAUGGGCAGCCCCUUGAAGUGCCCCGAGGGCUGGUCCUAAGGGCAACACUAGUGCAUUCAAGGGGCGGCCUAGGGGCAAUUAAGAAAACUAGGGUAUGACGUAUUUAAAUUUUAAAAAUUUUGACGUGGAAAAAAUCAUUUCUGUUUUAAUUUUUAAUUUUCGCCAUGGCAAAAUUCAAAAAAUCUUGCGCCAGGAAAUCAUUCACAAUGGUGAUUACCUUCGGAAAUCUAGUUUAUCUAUUUGAUCAAAAUUAAUCUACCUUUUUAAUAAAAUCCCGAUUGGGUGGUGUCUCGAUGGAAGCAGCAUUUUUCAAUGGGGUCCCCCCUGUUCUCAUUUUUUGGAUGUCUAAAUUUUGGACAUUUGCGGAUUUUUUCCGAAAAUCAUACAACCGCGAACGUCCAAAAGGAUCCGAUCCUGGACCUUCUGAACAAAAAACACGUGAUCUAACCACUUGACCAUUUCUGACACAAGAAAUUACCAUCAAUUUGCUAAGAAAUGUUCGAAGAAAAAUUUUGACGUGAGAAAAAUAGUCUUUUUUCAGAAAAAAAUUAUUGUCAGAAAAAAAUUUUAGUGAGCAUUUAUUGAGUACUGUUUAAAGAACAUUCUAUUUUUUGAUCAAAUAUUGCCCCGCCUGGGGACUAACAGAUCCUAUCGAGUAUACAUUGAAUACAGAAAAAAGAUUUUCCAUGGCAAAAUUAGGAAGUCUUCCUAAUUUUGCCACGAGUCAUUUUUCGAUAAAAAAAACUUGAAAUUUUUGAUGAAAUCAAUUGUAAUUCAUUUGUAAGAUUUUUGAAAAAAACUCAUCGACUCCAUUUUUACAUUUUUGGAUUAAUCCAAAUCUGUAACUUCUUACUCAGGUCUCAAAAAAAAAUCGGCCCGAGAUUUUUGAAAAAAACUCAUCGACUUCAUUUUUACAUGGAAGCAAUUUUUCAAGAUUUUAGGCUUAAAUUGAUUGAAAUUCAUUUGUUAAGCAUUUAUUGAGUAAAAAUUUAUCGAUGACUUCAUCCAUGGCAAAAUUAGGAAGCCUUCCUGAUUUUGCCACGAAUCAUUUUUUGAUCAAAAAAUUUGAAAUUUUUGAUAAAUUCAAUUGUAAUUCUUAUUCUUAACAUCUUUCGAGUACAUUUAAUUCAAAAAGAUAAUUAAAUAAGUUUUUUUUUUCGAAAGUUUUUUCAAAAAAAAAAUCGGCCCGAGAUUUUUCAAAAAAAAAAGUUACAGAUUUGGAAUAAUCCAAAAAUGUAAAAAAAAAUCGGCCCGAGAUUUUUCAAAAAAAAGUUACAGAUUUGGAAUAAUCCAAAAAUGUAAAAAAAAUCGGCCCGAGUUUUUUCAAGAAAAAUCGGCCCGAGUUUUUUCAAAAAAAAAAAGUUACAGAUUUGGAAUAAUACAAAAAAUGUAAAAAAAAACGGCCCGAGUUUUUACAAGAAAAAUCGGCCCGAGUUUUUUCAAAAAAAAAAUCGGCCCGAGUUUUUCAAGAAAAAAUCGGCCCGAGUUUUUUCAAAAAAAAAAUCGGCCCGAGUUUUUUCAAGAAAAAUCUGCCCGAGUUUUUUCAAAAAAAAAUCGGCCCGAGAUUUUUCAAAAAAAAAAGUUACAGAACGAAAAAAAGAUUGAAGAAGUUUUUUUUCGGAAAAUUUAUCGAUGACCUCAUCCAUGGCAAAAUUAGGAAGCCUUCCAGAUUUUGCCACGAAUCAUUUUUUGAUCAAAAAACUUGAAAUUUUUCAUGAAUUCAAUUGUAAUUCGUUUGUUUAACAUCUUACGAGUACAUUAAAUUCAAAAAAAUAAUUAAAUAAGUUUUUUUUUUCGAAAAAUUUCUCGAUGACGUCAUUCAUGGCAAAAUUAGGAAGCCUUCCUGAUUUUGCCACGAAUCAUUUUUUGAUAAAAAAAUUUGAAAUUUUCUAUAAAUUUGAUUGUGAGUCAAUGUUCUGUGGACAAUAAUCACAGAAAAAAGUGAAACUGAAAUAAAUGAGAAGACUGUUACGCCUGGGGGCUAACAGCCCCUAGUCGAAAUCAAAACAUAUUUCAAAGAGAAAACUUUUAUUUUAUAAAAAUGAAGCUUCUCAGAAUUCUCAUUCAUAGUUUUCGGAAUUUCGGCCCUGCUAUACAUUCUCGAAAUAACAGUCGGAACAUCGAAUAAUAAUUUUCUAAUGAGCACAUUCUCUGACUUCUGCAAUUUCGGACUUGGACAGCGUGAGAUGACACAAUUUUCCAAAAUCACAAAUAUUCCAAAUAGGGGCAAUUCAUAAUAUAAAUUCCUUGAUUUCCUGUUCCUGCUUUUCACUUUGCAAUUUUUUGGGACUUGUAGCAUAUAAAAUAUAAUAAAUCGGAAUUGAGUUCCCCACUAUUUUCUUGAAUACCGAAAUAAGUGAAAUGAAAGAAAUUUAUUAUUUUUGUGAUCGAAAACGUAUCUAGGUCACAAAACUAGGUCACGUGCUCAUAAAAUAUCCUUCAAAUUAUUUUUCCCAUUAGAAAAUUUGCCCUUCGUGCUGGUCCGAAGGACAACACCCCGUAAAUAGGAGCAAACCAAAUUCCUACGGGCAGCCCGGGGGCAAAAUUUUCUUCUUAUUUCUUUCAGCGGAAACAUUUUUUUCUUGCUCCAAAAGCUUCAAAAGUUUUUUAAAAACCAGAAUGGUUUUAUUAACUUUCAGAAUCGAACAAUUUGUUUACUAGAUCAAAAUUUUGGGAUUUUUUGAAUGAAUUUUAAGCCUAUGAACUUGAAAAUCGUUUUUAACCCAUUUUUUUCAAAAAAAAAAUGGCCAUAGAUUUCUCUGCGCUAAAAAUUGGAGAUAGAUUAUCCAUGGCCAUUUUUAGAAGUACACUGACAGCUAAAGGAAUUACAUGUUUUUGAAAUCCACAUUUCUAUAGUUCACUUAAAAAUGGAAACUUUGUAACAUUGAUAUCAAGGUUAAAAUUUUCUAGGAUCAGAUUUUUCUGAAGUUUAUUUGACCAGAAGAACAAAAAGUUCAUUUUUUUGUCAGUCUAAUAUGUUAGGUCUUUUCACGACUUCAUCCAAUCGGAAUAUGAGAAAACGAAAAAGUAAGCAAGUCAACCUACUGUAGAUAAUUUCAAAGGUGAAAUUUUAUAACAUUGACUAACUUAUUUGACCAGAAGAACAUUCUAGCUGAAUUGAUAAUCUUGAGUUGUGAUGUGUUUUGCUGGUCCUUAUAGAAUCUAUGAAAUUUAGAAUCUGCUCUAGAUUUCAGUGUUUUUGCCAAUAUGUUAUGUUGCGGAUGAGAUUUUCAAAAAUUUAAAUCUUCUAUUUCUUCUAAAAAUUGCUAUAAUCUGAAAAGUUCUUUUAGGAACUUCUAAAAAAGCUCGGGAAAAACAGGCAAUUUUGCUGCCGGAGGCGGCUAUCACUGUGCCCUGAAUGCGAAAUGCGCCAACGUGUCUGGUGCCAUCCACUCUUUUUCGCACUCUCUCGCUGCCUCUCUUGUUUUCUCAUCCACUCUCUCGUUAACACACGCUCUCUUGUUUUCUUUUUUUCUCAUCCACCCUCCUCGAAGCGCACACACACUCUCGCCUUCUUUUUGUUUUUCAUUCAAUUUUAGAAGGAAAGGAACUGUUUUAACAGUUGGGAGCAUAAUAUGACAUAUGAAAAUGAAUGAAAAUGUGAAAAUUAUCAUAAUUAAAGAAAAAUAUAGAUGAUUCUCACAGUUAUAAAUAAGAAAUUUGUUUCACAAUGAAAAAUAGUCAAAGUAGAGCUCUAAUGAUGAAAUAUCGGAUUUUCUAGAUUUGAAAAAUCAACCUCACAAGUUAAAGUGAAGAAAGGAAAGUAAGAAUUAGAAAAACAUUCUGAAAAAAGUAAGAAAUGAUAAACGAACGAGUUUUAUAAAGUGCCUAGAUAUUUAUAGGACAGAUUUUUAUUUAAUUUUAGGUCAAAUCAUUCGAAAAACGAGUUUAAAAUUUAUAAAUAUCAUUAGAAAAUCACUGAACACAACUAACUGACUGAAAACUAACAAAAUUUCAGACAAACCGUAAGAUUCUGAAAUGGUUCCUUUUUACAUUAAAUGCAUUCAAAAUAGUGUGAAUAGUCAGUAUUACGAGUCAAAUUAUAAUAUUAGAUCAAUUUUUAUCAUUUUCAUUUCAAAUUUAUAAAUUUAUGAUUGAAAUAGUUGGAUUUUGAAAAAUGAUAGCUUGGCAUCAUCAUUUUUGAGGCAAAAGAUUGGACCUAUGAGAAACAGACAAGAAAUAAGGUUAAGUGAAAUAGGUACUUUUAAUCCUCCUCUACAGUUCACAUUGGUUACUUUUUUGAAAAAAUACCCCAUUUUCUUUUAAUUUCGAAAAAACAAAAAAAAAUGGAAAUUUUCUGAACAAAAAAUUUAAAAUGUUUCUAAUCAGUAAGUGCGCUCCACCGAAACAAAAAAAAACUACACAAAAAGCGUCAGUUUCCCUGUGGCGCUUUUCGCGUUUUUCAUUCUCUGGGCACAGUGGGCUAUAAAUUCUUGUUAUAAUAAUUAUUAUUAUUAUUGUACUUGUCGUCACGUUGUCCCACAACGUAUUUGAAUAAAUAAAUGAAAAUAAAUUUCUCAUUUUUAUCACAAAAAAAGCACGAAAAUUCCCAAAAAUUUGUACGUGACCUGACGUUUUUUUUGAUACGUGUCGCGGUUUCUAGAACACAUAUUUAUCUAUUUCUCAGUUUGUAUUUUUAUAGAAGAUCUUCCGAGACGAUAUUCCUGAUGAAACAAAAUGGGAUUACGGUGUAUUAGUGGAUAGAGCAACAAGGUCCAGUGUGCUGGCACAAGUGAGUCUCAAAAAUACAUUCUAUUUGUAGUCCAUUUUGUUUUCCUAGAUUGAACUAUCGAAUUUCAUCGUUCUGCAAAAAUACUCCUAUGAAGAAGUCAUGGAUUGGAGUAUCAAAGAUUUCGACAGAUUUGUAAAAGUUGACCAUAAUGUGAGCAAAAUAGUUAUAAAACAUUCGGAAUGUAUUUACAUCGAUAAUUUUGCAGAUGCUACAAUACGAAGUUUUCAGUUCGGCCAGCACCCCAAUUCUCAAGGACAAAUUACGAAAAUUGGUUUUGAGUCAUCCAACUACACCGGCUAAUUUUAUAAUCAAAUUGGUUCCGGCUUGGAACAAGAAUAGUGUUGCGAUAUCGAGAUUUAUUGAUAGUAUUGCAAAAACACCAAACGAAAAACUUCUGAAAUUCGAAAACUACCGUCUGAUGAUAAGAAAUGAUAUCGUAGAAGACCCACUUCAAAGAAAGCUGAACAACAAGAGAUUCGUACAAGUGAAAAGUGGAUUAGUAACAUAUCAAAUAUCUCGUCCAAGAGACUUUCGUGAAGAUUUCAGUGUAUUUUUAGAGUAAGUAAAACAAUCCAAUAUUUGUUCCCUAAAUUACUUUAAAUAUUUCAGUGGGAGUAAAUCAUCUUUCCAAUCGAUGUCAUGUGCAGAAGUUCUGAAGGCCUUCAAAGUAUUCAGAAAAACUGGCGAUUUUCUGUUAACUGAAAAGCAACAAAAAAGAAGAGCCAUUAUUCCUUGA